UUCAGAAGUUAUUUGGACAAUAGGCAGCAAUGGUGCUGUUUGUGACAGUUCUGUUUCUAACAGCAGUAUCUCUUUUACACGAUGGAACCUGUUUCUCAGUUUCCCCAGCAGAAAGAAGUUUCACACCAAGUAAUGCAGGGCAAAGAAGAGGCAUCUAUGGACCCCCUGGGCUAAUGAAAGUUGCUACUGAAGGUGGACCUUCAGUAUAUGCUGCAAAACCAUCAAGUUCUUCAAACCCAAUGAAUCCUUUCCUAAGCCUCAGACCCUUUCUUCCAGUGAAGCCCACAUUCUUUCCCCCAGUGGUAGACCCAAACAUUUUUAUCAACAAGAAAGCUCAGAUGCUUGACAGUUUAUUUUCAUCUUCUGCUAUUUCCAACAUUUUUCCUAAUGCUGGCGUUUCUAAUUCAGCAGAUAUGACUGCAAAUGAUUUUCCAGUGCCUCAGACAUCAGGAGUUGAUCCUAAAGACUUCAUUAACUCAAAAACUGAAUUUCUAAGUAAUCUUUUUGAUCAGCUAUCAUCAAAUGAUGGACCUGCUUCUACAGUACAGAGAGAUUUAAUCAGAGCAUAUGAUGACACUCCUUCUAUACAACGCCGUGUAGUCCCUGGCCCAUCACCAUUUUGGGGACCCGUCCUUAGCCCAACAGAGAAGAUAAAGCUAUUCACAGACAAGAAAACACAAUUCCUGGAUAAGCUUUUUACAAGUAUUAGUGUUACACCACAGCCAGAAACAGACAGUGCAAAUGUCCUAGAUGAGACCAGCACAACAGUGAAACCAACGAUAGUGCCACCGGACUUCUGGAUUCCACAGUACAAGAAACCUGGAACAAUGCAAACAAGAGCAAUGCCUGGUUCAGUACAGCAAAGUCUCGCUCCUCAGCCACCACUGUCAUGGAAUCCAUUAAUAUCGCCAAUGGCAAAAGCUUAUUCAGAUAAGAAAACAGAUUUUCUAAACAAACUUUUUGCCAAUGUAAUACCUUCUCCAGAGGCAUCACCACAAAUGGGUAGUGCUUUUGAUACAAUAAGCCCUACUGUAAAACCAACUAUAGUACCACCAAGCUUUUGGUUACCAGCAUAUAAGAAAAGUAGUCCUACUGCUGAAAAUGAUAUUGCUGUUAACAAUCCAGCAAGUGCACCAGUUAUCAGUCCAACCUACUUCAUCACUAAAAAGAAUGGCUUUCUAGCAAAGCUUUUCCAGACCCUUAAUACAACAAACCCUAGUGCAACAGGAUACUCUGGCAGUGGUGUAGAUACAACUGCAUAUCCAUACUUCUUGGCUCAGCUCUUCGAUUACCUUAAUGAUUCUAAUACUGGUAAAGACAGUGCAUACUCAUCUCCCAAACGUCACUCUCCAGACUCUGAGAAAAUUAGAAUAAGUGAUUUAGAGAAAUUCCUGAGAAUCAUCAAUGACGACUAUGAUAGUGAAGGAAGCUCAACAACAGAUCUCUUCAGUGAAAGAAGUGUUACCAUGGCUGAUCCUGUCAAUAUCCAAAAUGCAAAAGACAUGUUUGUGAAUAACAUUCUUGCUGAGCUAGCAAACAUCAAGAAUAGUAUGUUGCAAGCUGCCAGUGAAGUAGUACAACAGCAGAAAUUAGUAAGCACGUCUCCAGCUUCAGGGAAGAAACCUGGAACCACAUAUGGGUCACCUUACAAGAUGUGGGGAAAACCUGCUGCAGGAAUGCCAACUGCUGAUCCUUUGCAGCCAUUUGUAACAAAAAUGACAUACCUCAGCCAUCUUUUUGAUACACUGACACAACUUGAGAAGAAUAUGACAUCAGCAAUUGAGCAGCAGGCUGCUUUAGGAGCUCAAAAGAGCACUGACAAUGAAGUAAUAUCAAACAGUAGGAGAGGUUUAAGUGGUGGUGACACAAAUAGUGACUUGGCAGCAUUACAACUUUGUGGUGCAAAUGGUGAACUUCCACUAACUGAAUUAACUUCUCUAACAAAUGAACCGGCAACUGCUGAUACUUUGACAAGUGACAAUCUUCUAAAUAAAAGCAAGAAGUUGUUUUGUCAUUUGCUAGCAAAAGCAGGAGCAGGGAAACAAAAAGGAAAUGGUGCCCCAUCUACUGAGCCAGUAGCACGAAGCAUCAAAAUGGCAGUUCAUCAAGGUUAUCAGAGUCUGCCCCCUGGAACAGAGGAGUUAUUGCAAGCAGGAGGAGGUGGAGGCGGUGAGACACAGAACCAGGAAGGAGGUGGCCUGAAGUUGCAGAUUAAAGUGCCAGCAUAGAUAUUCUGGAGUUCUUCACCUGUGGGAUAGUUGUAAACUACUUAUAAGAAGCAAAACUCAUUGAAAGCAAAAAGGUGGUUGAAAGAUGAAAUCAAACUCUUCAACAGUUGCAGAAAGAGUUUAUACAUUCAUGUUAAAUGGAAGCAUCCUUCCAUUAUAGUUAUGGAGAAAAUAUUAAAUAAUAACAUAUUUCACAAUAAUGUUGAAUUGCAAAUAAAACACAUUUAUGUAGCAUAAUCCUACAAUCAUAUAUAAUGAAAAUUCAUUACAAAAGAUUUGUUUAUUUUGCCGGUAAAGAAAAUCAAUCAUUUCCAUGUCCCUUUUCAGAGAAUAUAUCUUUUUAAGAAAUCACUAUAAGUUAACUCCUACAACAAUAAUAUCCACAAACAGAAAGCUGCCAGUUGUUUGUCAGUAUUCAUGUUUUAUAGAUAUUCAUUUUCUUGAGGAAAGUGCAUUUCACUGGAUUGUUUCAUAAAUUGUUUCUCGUUUCCUCACUCUCUUUCACAACAGAAAAAAAUAAGAAAAAAAUUAUACUUCAUAAAUUUUAGUGAUGCUAUCUUGAUUUUUGGACUGUUUCAGAAAACUGGCCUCGACUAUGGCCAAGAACAGUGGUCUAGCCAUCACCACCACAACCGGCAUCAUUAAUUUUUAAAGGACUUUCGGUUUCAAAUCCAAAUCAAAUGAACUGAAAAGAGAAUGCUAUCACAUAUUUAGCAAUGUGAAGACUGCAAUAAUUUGCCAAAUAUAUUUAUGAUAAUAGUUAGUAAAUAUUUUUGUGACUGAUAGAAUGUUAGUGUUGCUCAGUUUAUGGUACCAUACAUACAUUUUUAAAUAAAACUUCUAUGAAACAUA